AUGGACUCUACUUCAGUUUCAAAGCUACUUCUAGUAAUUACAUUCUUUGUUUUGUUUUUGGAUUGUGAUUGCAAUGUUACUUAUGAUAGAAAGUCUCUUCUCAUUAAUGGCCAAAGAAAAAUCUUAAUUUCUGGUUCCAUUCACUAUCCUAGGAGCACCCCUGAGAUGUGGGAAGAUCUAAUUCGGAAGGCGAAACAUGGUGGUCUUGAUGUUAUUGACACUUAUGUCUUUUGGGAUGUUCAUGAACCAUCUCCUCACAAUUACAAUUUUGAAGGAAGAUAUGAUCUAGUUAGGUUCAUUAAGACAGUGCAAAGAGUGGGGCUUUAUGUUAAUCUUCGCAUUGGACCUUAUGUUUGCGCUGAGUGGAACUUCGGGGGAAUUCCUGUUUGGUUGAAGUAUGUUCCUGGUAUAAGCUUUAGAACGGAUAAUGGGCCUUUCAAGGCUGCAAUGCAAGGUUUUACUCAGAAGAUUGUUCAAAUGAUGAAGAGUGAAAACUUGUUUCAGUCUCAGGGUGGUCCAAUCAUUCUUUCUCAGAUUGAGAACGAGUACGGACCAGAGAGCAAGGCGAUGGGAGCUGCUGGUCAUGCAUACCUAAACUGGGCUGCAUAUAUGGCUGUUGGAUUGGGAACAGGAGUCCCUUGGGUGAUGUGCAAAGAAAUUGAUGCCCCAGAUCCUGUGAUUAAUUCGUGUAAUGGAUUUUACUGCGACGAUUUCUCUCCUAAUAAACCAUAUAAGCCUAGCAUGUGGACUGAGUCUUGGAGUGGCUGGUUUACAGAAUUUGGUGGCCCAAUUCACCAGCGACCAGUUCAAGAUCUGGCAUUCGCAGUUGCUCGUUUCAUUCAGAAGGGCGGAUCAUAUGUGAAUUACUACAUGUAUCAUGGAGGAACUAACUUUGGACGAUCAGCUGGGGGUCCGUUCAUUACUACAAGCUACGACUAUGAUGCUCCAAUCGAUGAAUACGGUUUGAUUAGGCAACCAAAAUAUAGUCACUUGAAGGAUCUUCAUAAAGCUAUCAAGCGAUGCGAGCAUGCUUUAGUUUCUUCGGACCCUACUGUUACAUCAUUAGGAACAUACCAGCAGGCUCAUGUAUUCUCUGCAGGAACUGCAGGAUGUGCAGCUUUUCUCGCAAACUAUCAUGUAAAGUCUGCUGCUACCGUAAUUUUCAAUAAUAAGCACUAUGACUUGCCUCCGUGGUCCAUAAGCAUCCUUCCCGAUUGCAGAACUUCCGUAUUUAAUACCGCAAAAGUGAGAACUCAAACUUCAGUGGUGAAAAUGCUUCAUGUCGAUUCUAGAUUCUCUUGGGAGACCUAUGAUGAAGAUCUAUCUUCUCUCGACGAAAGGUCAAGGAUUACAGCUACUGGACUCUUGGAACAUCUGAAUGUUACGAGAGACACCAGUGAUUAUCUAUGGUACAUAACCAGUGUUGACAUAAGCUCAUCAGAAUCAUUUCUUCGAGGAGGACACAAACCGAGCAUUAAUGUGCAGUCUGCAGGACAUGCUGUCCAUGUGUAUGUUAAUGGACAUUUUUUAGGGUCCGCUUUCGGGACAAGGAAACAAAGAAGUUGCAUAUUUAAUGGGCCAGUUAACCUUCAUGCUGGAACUAAUAAAAUCGCUCUUCUCAGCGUGACUGUUGGAUUGCCGAACGCUGGUCGGCAUUAUGAAACAUGGGAGGCAGGAAUCACCGGUCCCGUUUUGCUACAUGGUCUCGACCAUGGACCGAAAGAUUUGACGCAUAAUAAAUGGUCUUAUCAGGUUGGCCUUAAAGGAGAGGCUGUGAAUUUGGCGUCGCCGAAUGAGGUCUCAUCUGUUGAUUGGGUCCAAGAUUCACUAGCUAUCCGAAGCCGGUCACAACUAAAAUGGCACAAGGCGUAUUUUAACGCACCCGAGGGAAACGAACCGUUGGCUUUGGACCUGGAAAGUAUGGGCAAGGGCCAAGUAUGGAUCAAUGGACAAAGCAUAGGAAGAUAUUGGAUGGCUUAUGCAGCGGGUGACUGUAGUUCUUGCAGCUAUUCUGGAACAUUCAAGCCAGCGAAAUGCCAACUUGGUUGCGGACAACCAACUCAACAAUGGUAUCACGUUCCAAGGUCGUGGCUAAAGCCAACAAAGAACCUGAUAGUAGUUUUUGAAGAAUUAGGCGGAAAUCCUUGGAAAAUAUCUCUGCUAAAGAGAACAGUACAUACCGCAGCAGUUCGGGGAUAG